AUGCAACGACCAUGUCAGCUGAUGUUGGAAACUUUGAAUCAGCCCAUUCUCCUGUGGGAUCCUCGUGCCGUGUGUUUGCUCAGUGGCUUGGCUUCAGUAAAAUCUGUUUUGGAGGUUACAGGUUGGUGUGGGGAGCAUGAGGCAGGGACCGGCCCGGUGGUGGAGGUUGUGGAAGUUUUGGGGGGGGGGGCGGGGGGGGGGGGGGGUUCUGGUGGGCGAGGUUGUGGAAGUUUUGGGGGGGGGUUCUGGUGGUGGAGGUUGUGGACUCCCCGCGGGACGACACCAGAUUCUGAGAAAGCAGCAGCAGUCACGUUGAUCCCUGUGCGGGACACUAAAUCACGCAGAGCUUCCGUACGGCUCCCUCCGUGA